AUGAUUCUUGUAUUGUUGGACAAAGAACUGCACACAGACAACAAAUCUCUCAUACCUCUGGUGAGUAAUAGUACAGUAAAGAUUUGUUUUAAGACUAUUUUCAAUCCUAGAAAUUAAUAUUUUUGGGAAAUAAGUGGAGACCUGACCAACCUGUUUUCCUAUGAUCAUGCCGCAGUUCUUCAAAAGGCAGAUAAUGCUAUCCACCCCCAGAUAUUAAAUAAUUACCUCCAUCUAGUGGUUCACACAACUUGAUGCUAAUACAAGUAAUAUUCGAGUGGAUAUGGAUUUAUUUGGUGGAUAUCUCUAUCCACCACUUAUAUUUUGAAGAACUGGAACCAGUUUCAUAGUUAUGUUAGUACUAAAAGGAUAUGCAUGAUAUGCAUAUAGGAUAUGCAUGCAUUGCUGUUGUUGUUGUUGGUGUUGUUAUUAGCUGUGAAAGGAUAUGCAUGACUAACUCAUUGUUCAGAUUCUGACUGGUCAUAAAUUGACAAAAAAUGACGGUAAACUCUCUCUUAGGACACCUGUAAGACAGACAACUCCCAAAAACGGACACAAACAUGAACAGGAGAGUAAUGGUUCAUACAGUUCCUCAGUCAUUCUAUUUGACUAUCUUUAAGUUGGACCCCUCCCUUAAGUGAGCACCUAGAGUUAGUCCCUACUGUUCCUCAGUCAUUCUAUUUGACUGUCUUUAAGUUGGACCCCUCCCUUAAGUGAGCACCUAGAGUUGGUUCCUACUGUUCCUCAGUCAUUCUAUUUGACUGUCUUUAAGUUGGACCCCUCCCUUUAGUGAGCACCUAGAGUUGGUUCCUACUGUUCCUCAGUCAUUCUAUUUCACUGUCUUUAAGUUGGACCCCUCCCUUAAGUGAGCACCUACAGUUGGUUCCUACUGUUCCUCAGUCAUUCUAUUUGACUGUCUUUAAGUUGGACCCCUCCCUUAAGUGAGCACCUACAGUUGGUUCCUACUGUUCCUCAGUCAUUCUAUUUGACUGUCUUUAAGUUGGACCCGUCCCUUAAGUGAGCACCUACAGUUGGUUCCUACUGUUCCUCAGUCAUUCUAUUUGACUGUCUUUAAGUUGGACCCCUCCCUUAAGUGAGCACUUAGAGUUAGUUCCUACUGUUCCUUAGUCAUUCUAUUUGACUAUCUUUAAGUUGGACCCCUCCUUAAAGUGAACACCUACAUGUAGAGUUGGCGUUUUCUUUUUUUGAGUUAUUCUCUUUAAUUGUCCUUAGGCCAAAGCUCUUCCUGAAGUGGACACCCUAGAGUUGGUCCCUUCCACUCCAUCACCUAUAGCUGGUUCCUACUGUUCCUCGGUCAUUCUAUUUGACUAUCUUUAAGUUGGACUCCUCCCUUAAGUAAACACCUACAGUUGGUUCCUACUGUUCCUUAGUCAUUCUAUUUGACUAUCUUUAAGUUGGACCCCUCCCUUGAGUGAACACCUACAGUUAGUUCCAUCGAGUUAGUUGCUAAGACUGUCCCUUCCUUAAGUGAACACCUUCAGUUGGUUCCUACUGUUCCUCAGUCAUUCCAUUUGACUGUCUUUAAGUUGGACCCCUCCCUUAAGUAAACACCUACAGUUGGUUCCUACUGUUCGUCAGUCAUUCCAUUUGACUAUCUUUAAGGUUAACCCCUCCCUUAAGUAAACGCCUACAGUUGGUUCCUACUGUUCCUGAGUCAUUCUAUUUGACUGUCUUUGAGGAUGACCCCUCCCUUAAGUAACACCUACAGUUGGUUCCUACUGUUCCUCAGUCAUUUUAUUUGACUGUUUUUAAGGUUGACCCCUCCCUUAAGUGAACACCUACAGUUAGUUCCUACUGUUCCUCAGUCAUUCUAUUUGACUAUCUUUAAGUUGGACCCCUGCCUUAAGUAAACACCUACAGUUGGUUCCUACUGUCCCUCAGUCAUUCUAUUUGACUAUCUUUAAGUUGGACCCCUGCCUUAAGUAAACACCUACAGUUGGUUCCUACUGUUUCUCAGUCAUUUUAUUUGACUGUUUUUAAGGUUGACCCCUCCCUUAAGUGAACACCUACAGUUAGUUCCUACUGUUCCUCAGUCAUUCUAUUUGACUAUCUUUAAGUUGGACCCCUUCCUUAAGUGAACACCUACAGUUAGUUCCUACUGUUCCUCAGUCAUUCUAUUUGACUAUCUUUAAGUUGGACCCCUUCCUUAAGUGAACACCCACAGUUGGUUCCUACUGUCCCUCAGUCAUUCUAUUUGACUAUCUUUAAGUUGGACCCCUGCCUUAAGUAAACACCUACAGUUGGUUCCUACUGUUUCUCAGUGAUUCUAUUUGACUAUCUUUAAGUUGGACCCCUCCCGUAAGUGAACACCUACAGUUGGUUCCUACUGUUCCUUAGUCAUUCUAUUUGACUAUCUUUAAGUUGGACCCCUGCCUUAAGUAAACACCUACAGUUGGUUCCUACUGUUUCUCAGUGAUUCUAUUUGACUAUCUUUAAGUUGGACCCCUCCCGUAAGUGAACACCUACAGUUGGUUCCUACUUUUCCUUAGUCAUUCUAUUUGACUAUCUUUAAGUUGGACUUCUCCCUUAAGUGAACACCCACAGUUGGUUCCUACUGUUCCUCAGUCAUUCUAUUUGACUAUCUUUUAGGUUGACCCCUCCCUUACGUGAACCCCUAGAGUUGGUUCCUACUGUUCGUCAGUCAUUCUAUUUGACUAUCUUUAAGGUUGACCCCUCCUUAAAGUGAACACCUACAUGUAGAGUUGGCAUUUUCUUUUUUUGAGUCAUAACAACAACAACAACAACAACAACAUCUUUAUUUCUUACAUUACAUAUACAAAUAUCACACCACCUGCUAAUAGCAAGGCUAAUCGAGGCAGGUGGUGUGUAGACGGCUUAAGAUUUAUUACGAAUAGUUGAAGUGAAAAAGUACCAUAUUUAUAAUAUUUAUAGUCAUUCUCUUUAACUGUCCUUAGGCCAAAGCUCUUCCUGAAGUGGACACCCUAGGGGUGGUCCCUGCCACACUUCAGCCAUUCUUUUUCAUUUUCUAUAAGGUGAACACCUCUUUAUAAUGCACACCAAGAGUUGGUCGCGGCUAUUUUCAGUCAUUCUCUUUAACUCUUUAGGUGCAUGCUUACCAUUUACACAAACCACCCGGGUGGAAAUCUUUUGCAUAAAAAUAAAUCUAUAAAAUUUUACCUGGUGGGAGAACGACCCACUCCAAAGCAUAUCCAAAUCAUGUUAACAGACUCAAGCGAUUAGAAAAAAAAUAAUUGCAUAGCUUCAAGUCACAGCCGAUUUUUUCUAAAACGUCCCAAACGGAAUGGCGCAAACCUUUUGAUUUCUUGCUUCCCCAUGUAAAUGGUAAGUGCCCCUAGAGUUAAUCCCUGCCAUUUCCUGAGUCAUUAUAUUCCAUUGUCUUUAAGACCACUUCCAUACACCCCAGCCUUCCUUUAAAUCCGAUGUUUCCUAUUGAUUUAUUUUAUUGGCGCCCUUAAAACUCCUAUAAUUGGCCAAAAACUCCUAUUUUUCCUUUAAAUGCUAUUUAUUUAGUACUUAGUUAAAAAAAAGGGAAAAAAGCGAACACUGAGUGCACAGGCCUUCUACCUUGUCGCCUGUGUUUGAUGUUAUUUCUGGGAUUUUGUGAGAGUAGAAAAGGUGUAACAGAUGGCAGAGUUCGUCUCAGACCUAAAAAUGUCAUUUCUCACACCCGUUUCAGGCCUGGCCUCUAGAAUUCAUACUCGUUUUCAGACCUGGUCUCUAAGAAACUGUGUCAUUAUUACUCAGAUUAGAAGAGCAACAAAAAAGAUUUUUUAAAAUCCAUGUCGAAUUCGCAUAUUUCUCUUUCUUUCUUACUCAUUUGGAGUGAAACGAUAAAUACACUGAACUGACAAUACACUAUUCACUUUGGCUCUGAUGACGACUGAUUACCAUACAGGUUGUCAAAAUAUGUUAUUUAAUUGUCCAUCACUAAACUGACAAUACACUGUUCACUUUAACGCUGAUGACGAGUGAUUUCCACACAGAUUGUCAAAAUAUCAGUGAUUUAAUUGACUAUCACUAGACUGACAUUGCACGGUUCACUUUGACUCCAAUGACGACUGAUGUCCACACAGGUUGGUAAAAUGUCAGUGAUUUAAUUGACUAUCACUAAACUGACAAUACACUGUUCACUUUGACUCUGAUGACGACUGAUUUCAACACAGAUUGUCGUAAUAUCAGUGACGUAAUUGACCAUCACUUAACUGGCAACACACUAUUGAAAUUAUACAGAUUAAUCAUGGUCAAAAGACAAUUCAACGGGAUACAAAGACUGUCACUAAACUGACAAUACACUAUUCACUUUGACUCUGAUGAUGACUGAUUUCCACACAUAUGGUAGAAUUAUCUCUGCAUUACAGUGCAGGCACUCAAAGUGGACACUUGGCAGAAGAUUGUCCACUCAUAAUUUUUUCUGAAAACAAAGGAUUCCAAAGUUGUUUUGAAAACAGACAGACAGAAUUUUUAAAUUCUGAACCUUAAAAGGUUCAGCUACAGUGUACGCAACCAUGAAAACUUUAAAACCGUUUGAACUUACUUGACCUCCCAGGAAACAGCCCUCAAAUUUAUGAUUGUUUUUGGUCCGUUUGCAAAGAACUUCAAGCAUCUUUUGUUAUCAGAAAACGUUGUGGUUAGGCAAAUUAACUUAUUCCAAGUGUCUCGGUUUGACAGGACGACACAGAUACGUCAUCGAAGACAACACAGAUACCCAACGAAUGCAACUACAUGCAAUGUCUUUUGAAGUGAAAGAGCUUCCAAGAGUGGGGGGGUGGGGUGAUGGCUUCCACAUCAGAACGACCGGGAUACCCAUCCCCUCACUUAUCUCAUAAAAGUAUUGCUUUGGGUUAUGCGUUAAGAAAUAUCUAUAUAAACAGAACAAGGUUAAGUCAUACUCUGUUAGCUUAUGGUGUCCUCUAGGGGUCAAAUAAAGCCUGAGCCAUGCACAGAUUGGUCCUCUUUACUUGUUUAGUUCUAAUUUUCCGACCAACAGCUCCAUCAUUUUUAUAGGAGAGUCCUCUUUGGGAAAAGCUCUCCACCAAUAUUCCAAGACAAGACAAUACUACCUGUGUCUUGAUGCUGAUAUUGCAUUUUUCUUGGUCAGAUACUAUACUUCACGCAGUUCCUUACCUGUAUAGUUUGAUUUAUGCAGCUUCUACUAUCACUAAAACCUUAUGUCUUUGUUACUAAAUUUCUAAAUAGCUGUAGAGUCCUACCGGUAACUUAUGCUUUUCAUAUUUUUUUUUACAUUUUUCACUAGACGUCGGUUGAGGUGGAUGCAAGUGAUCGUGGAAUGAAGAAACACAAGAGAUCAAUGAAAGCAAGGGGUCAAAGAUCAUGGAGUGUCAAAGGAACAUCACACAAAGUGAUCAGCAAGGACAAAAGGUAGCGAAAUGAUUUACAUUUUCCAAGAGGUCACCGUAGCAACAGGCAGUAAUCCUCAUCGGGUAUUUGUUUCAUACCAUUUUUUCCUUUUUUCACAUAGACCAUAAUGCGCCUUGUCCUCGCCCCCCCCCCCCAAAAAAAAAAAAAAAAAAAAAAAACUAAAAACCAGUGCUUUUUUCAAAGACGAACACUCAACAAAAAAAUCACUCAAAGCUAACAUGUGCAACCAAAAUUCUAAGUAAAUAACCACAGAAACUAUACACAUGAAUACGACCAGAGACAAAGAGUACAAAAUAUAUUACAAUUAUCAACGGGCCCCCUGACGAAAAGGCGAUAAUCCCCCUCGGGUUUUUCUUAUAUACCACUUUUUCCCUUUUCAAACAAAAACAAAAACGGCCUUGUCCCCCCCCCCCCCCCCCCAAAAAAAAAAAAAAAAAAAAAAAUGCAUAACCACUGUGUUUGAUUUUUCUUGGGACGACUGUAAUACCGAGGAGAAAUUGGAAACAAUGGUUAUGCAAAAUUUUGGAGGGUAAACAAGGUGCAAGGUGAACCCUACGUCCUAAGACUGAGUACACCAACUAGACUGCCUACACUGUCUAACACCGAGUACAAUGUCUAUAUCGACUACACUGUGUAACACCAAGGACACUGACUACACCGAGUACUCUGACUACACUGACUACAACGAGUACAAAGUCUACAUCGACUACACUGUCUAACACCGAGUAAGCUGACUACACUGACUGCACCGAGUACAAUGACUACAACGACUACACUGUCUAACACUGAGUACACUGACUAUCACACUGACUACAACUGACUGCACUGUUGUCUACACUGACUGCUGAACUUUCUUACACCGAGUGCACUGACUAUCACACUGACUACACUGACUACAACUGACUGCACUGUUGUCUACACUGACUGCACCGAGUACAAUGACUACAACGACUACACUGUCUAACACCGAGUACACUGACUAUCACUAACUAAACUGACUGCACCGAGUACAAUGACUACAACGACUACACUGUCUAACACUGAGUACACUGAUUGCACUGACUAUACGGAGUACCACACUGACUACAUCGAUUACACCAAGGACACUAUGUACUCUGACCACACCAACUACACUAAGUACAUCGACUAAACCGUCUAACACUGAGUAUACCAACUACGCAUGACUACACUGACUACAUUGAGUACUUUGGGUACACCAACUAUACUGACUAGACUGCCUUCACUGAGUACAAUGACUACAUCGACUACCCUGUCUAACACCGAGUAUACUGACUAUCACCAAUUAUUAAAAUCCAAUUAGUGGUCUAUUAUCAAUGCUACGUUCUGAUUGGUUGAGCUACUACUAGGCUAUACGUUAUAGCCCUCUAGUAGCAAAAAGCGCGGGCUUUUGGCGGCAAAAAAGGAUUAAAGUCUAGCUUUAACUAGCUAGAUUUUUUUUAUUCUCGAUAUUUUAGACCAACUAGUUGGAUUUUACUAAAACAAUUAUUCCUCUGGUCCUCAUGGGCUCUGAGUCGGAAUAAUUGUUAACUACACUGACUGCACUGACUGCAUCGAAUACAUCAACUAAACUGUUAUACCAAGUACACUGACUACACUGACUACACCGAUUACACUGACUAUCACCAACUACACUGACUACACCGACUACACCACGUACACUAAUUACAUCGACUAAACCGCCUAACACUGGGUAUACCAACUAGACUGACUACACUGACUACACCAAGUACAAUGACUACAUCUACUACACAGACUACACAGACUGUACUGACUACACCGACUACACCACGUACACUAACUACGUUGACUAAGUAGCCUAACACUGAGUACACCAACUAUGCAAGACUACACUGACUACACCGAGUACAAUGAUUACAUAGACUACACUGUCUAACGCUGAGUACACUGACUAUUACCAACUACACUGCCCACACUGACUGCACUGAAUACAUCGACUAAACUGCCUUAAACACCAAGUACACUGACUGCACUAAAGUAACCGACUACAUAGCCUACAUAGACUACACCAACUAUAGAUACCACACUGACUACACCAAUUUCAUUCACUAGACUUACUAAACCAACUAAACACUUCUUAUACGCAAUUUAAAUGGCAUAAUUUAAACUCACUCUGUGGUGCUGUAAUUUUAAACUAUUAAUGGAACAUCAUAGUCCAAGUUUUGUUUUGAUGCCCAUUAUGACCUUUUUGUACUUCUUACGCGUUGUCCUUCCAUAGUUUAUUAAGCGAUUAUUGUUAUAACUUAGUAUGUGACUUGUUGUUGCAUGCUAAGAUAGUAUAAACGAAUGAGUGAUUACUUCUUCAAAAUGUGUCAGUUAAAUCUUAGAGAAUUAUUGUCGCAAAUACAUGCCCCUCUCCUUCUGUUUGAAUGCUUUUUUUUAUCUAAAUGGUACCUCUUCUUUUGAAACUCGAUUACUUCAUUAUCUUUGUAAUUAGUCAUGAUUAUUUUAUGAUUUCUUACCAUAUUUGGAUUUUAUUUUAUUUUGUUAAUUAUUUAAGUAGUUCCUCUUGUAUCUUUUUCGUUUUUCCUUACAUAAUGUAUAGCUAUAUAUUAGAUAUUUUAUUUUUAAUUGUAUUAUGUUGUAGUUUUGGAGGGCAUUUUUUAUAUGGGAAUUCAGUUUCUCCCUAUUGCUUUCCUUUACCUACUGUACUUUUACAUAUAGUUUUUUUUUAUGAUGAUCAUUGUUAUUAUUAGUUGGAGUAUAUUUUUAUACAGUGGUAAAGAGCAUCAUUAAACUUAAACUUAAAGAAAUGACAUGAGUAGACAAACAUUUAUUAAUUCAUAUGUUUUUUUUCUCCGAUUUCUUUGCAGAAAGGUGAGCAGAUUGAUGGAUAGAUUGUACAAUGAGUCAAGGGAGGAGCCACGCAGCGAGGAUCAAGGAACACUCAGGGAUAUGAAAGAACUUCACUACUCAUCAGAGUAA